ACCACCUCCAGCCUACAUUUUUUGUUUUGCAAAAGUCCCAGUGUGAAACCGACGCGCAGUUUGCUCCUGUCCAUAAUCCAUGUUAGUGGAGGUGUCCUGAUGACAACUCAAGAGACCAGGCUCUCUUAAAUUGGCAACCGUCUUUUGUAAGAUCUGUGCUUACUGCUAAGUGUGUCACUGCUCAAAAGGUUGAUUCGCUUGCUAAAAAUGCGCCUUGAAAGGGAUUCCUGGCUCCACUUGCUGAAUUGAACUGAGGCUGAAGGCCAAGGAAACGCAGCCUCUCCAAAACCAACGCAUACUUUCUCGGAAGGAAACCGCAGGAGGUUUCUUUCCCCAUUUAACCCUGCGUUCUCACGCGCACACACGUGCACGCGCAACGAACUUUCCAGGCCGGGCGGGGCACUUGAGUGAGUCGGGAAGGCGGAGCCUGAUUCGGCGAGCCCCACAGCAGAAGGCCGGGAAGCCGCGCGAGGGAGCAGCCUGCAGCGUGUGUUAGUCGGCACCAGCAGGAGCAGAGGGCAGAAUGUCCGCAUCUCCACCUGCCAAGCCCUCCAACCCCAGCAAUCCCCGGGUCUUUCUUGAUGUGGACAUUGGGGCUGAACGAGUUGGCCGAAUUGUAUUGGAAUUGUUUGCUGAUGUUGUACCUAAAACUGCUGAGAACUUCCGUGCUCUGUGUACUGGAGAGAAAGGUAUUGGACCUACAACUGGAAAGCCUCUUCAUUUUAAAGGAUGCCCCUUCCAUAGGAUAAUCAAGAAAUUUAUGAUCCAGGGAGGAGACUUCUCAAAUCAAAAUGGAACAGGUGGAGAAAGUAUAUAUGGGGAAAAGUUUGAAGAUGAAAACUUUCAUUACAAGCAUGAUCAGCCAGGCUUGCUCAGCAUGGCAAACGCAGGACGGAAUACAAAUGGUUCUCAGUUCUUCAUCACAACUGUACCAACUCCUCACCUUGAUGGGAAACAUGUAGUCGUUGGACAGGUGAUCAAAGGCAUGGGUGUUGUAAAGCUUCUAGAAAAUGUUGACGUAAAAGGGGAAGAACCUGUUAAGAGGUGCAUUAUUGCAGAAUGUGGAGAGCUAAAGGAAGGAGAUGACUGGAGACCUUCACCAGCGGAUGGUUCUGGAGACGCUCAUCCAGACUUUCCUGAAGAUUCUGAUAUGGACUUUAUGGAGACUGACAAGAUUUUAUCUGUAGCAGAAGAUAUUAAAAAUAUAGGCAACACAUUUUUCAAAUCCCAGAACUGGGCAGUGGCACUAAAGAAGUACAGCAAGUCUUUAAGAUACAUAAAAGCUGCUCUUGCUGAAGCACAGAAGGAAGAUUCAGCAAAGUUGAAUGCUGCAGCUUUGACUUGCCAUCUAAAUAUUGCUGCAUGCAAGCUAAAACUAGGAGAAUGGCAAGAUGCAAUUGAAAACUGUGCUAAGGCUCUGGCCCUUGAUCCUACAAACACCAAGGCACUUUACAGAAGGGCUCAAGCUUUGGAAGCAACAAGAAAUUAUGAUCAGGCAUUGGCUGCCCUCCAGCAGGCUCAAAGCAUAGCUCCUCAAGACAAAGCUAUCCAAACGGAAGUACAGAAGAUUAAGCAGAAAAUAAAAAUCCAGAAGGAAAAAGAGAAGGCAGCUUAUGCAAAGAUGUUUGCUUAAAUUAACCUCUGUGUCCCUUCUUUCAUGAAUCCUGCCAUUCAGUGUACAAGCAUUUAGAGGUAUUACUGACAUUGUUACUUAUUACAGUCAAUAAUGAUGCUGUUUCUCAUGGUUUGGAUCAUUUAAAAGCUGCACAUGAUUUCACACAUCUUCAGUAACAAGACAGUAGUAGUAAUAUAAAAUAAUUUUAGAGUGAUAUGGUACAAGGAUUUUUUUGGGGGGUGGGGGGAGAAAUACAGUAAUGUAAGUUUUAGUUUCUUUCAUUCCCUAAAUGCCGUUAUGUGGUAUUUAACAAAUAAAAACAUUAAACAUC